GUGGGAUUUCCUUACAAAUUCGUUGGACCGGGCGGUCAAGUCAGUCCCAAUACUACAAGUAAUGAACCUUCUUGUCGCUCUUCUCCUCCUAGCUUUAGAAUGGCCUCUUCCUAGUCUUCCCAGAUGGACGCUAUACCGCAGUUGCGAAUUACGUAUUAUCACUUUCAUGACUGCAGCUUUCCUCGCUUUCUUUUUCUACCAAGCCACAAACGCGGCCAUUUAUUACGUUAUCGGCACCGCUCUUUAUAUCUAGGAAUAUAGUAAAAGUGAAAAGAAUAUUUAUCCCUAACGGUGGGAAGCGUGGUGAUAAGGGCCUACUAUAAAGGGAGAUCACUCCUUGCAGCAUAUAGUAGUAGCAUAGCUUAACUCCUUAAAUCUG